UUAUUGAUGACCCGCAAUCCUUUGUGCAAUGAAGAGGCAUGCCCUGGGUCACGUGGUUACGUCACUGAGGCGGAAAUGAAAGUUCAGCAGCGACAGCAGCAGAGCACAGCUGAGAAAGAGCUGUGAGGUCAUGGCAGCUGCCAGUGUGAGCAGACCUGGCAGUGCCCAGACCACCGAGAAGUCUCAGCUGAUCUUGAAAGUGGUUUCGGCGAAGCCCCAGUCUCCCAAGCUGCCUAACCGUCACUCUCGGCUCAACUCCUUUGUGGAGGUGACUGCUGACGGCCUGACCAGUGAAACCAAAAAAACAGGCAAACGCAGUGGACACCUCGAGCUGCAGUGGAAUGAAGACCUUACCCUUAAUGUGACGCCUCAGAGUCGUCUGGAUCUGAAGCUGUGGAGCUGCCACACCCUGAGGAAGGAGCUCCUGGGCAGCGCCACCAUAGACCUGCUGGACACGCUGCGCACCCACGACGGCAAGAUGGAGAACGUCCAGUUGAGUCUGGUGCUACAGACGGAGAACAAAGGCUCGGUUGUAGCGGGAGGAGAGCUCAACGUCUGUCUGGACGGCAUGGUUGUUGAUUUGGGCUCGCUGCCCAAUGGCAGCACAGCAACAGACAAGAUACUGCAGUCAGACAGACCCAACCUGAGGAGGACACAGAGCGAGGAGACUCCGAGUACAGCUGGAUCCCACAGCAGGAGUAACCGGCACUCAGUCGGGGGUUCACAGAGUGGCUCACCUGGGUGCCCUCGAGGGGUCUCUCUGACUAACGGGGAGCUGAAUGAGGAGCAGAUCAGCGGACCCGGCUCAUCCAACCGCCUUCGGUCUUCCAAGAGUCACGGCAGCCCUGGAAGCAGUGCAGACAAAGUUGAGUUGACUUCUAACGGGCUAGAGAAUAGUAAUGGGGGCGUGGCCCGUCACACGCCUCCUCCACCCUCACCGUCAGGCCGAUCCCCAGCAGCCAGCAGCAGCAGCAGCCCUUCUCCAGGUCAGGACGCCUUGGGCCUGGCUGGACCAUCAGAGCCUGGCCCGAACGCCACCACUAACAGCGAACAGGCCGGCAACAGCACCGCAGAGCCAACCACAGACUCACUCCCGGCAGGCUGGGAGCAAAGGGUGCUGCCUCAUGGCAGAGUGUACUACGUUGACCACAACACCAAAACCACAACCUGGGAGAGACCACUGCCACCAGGCUGGGAAAAGCGAGUGGACCAGCGGGGCAGGUUUUACUACGUGGAUCACAACACCAGAACCACCACAUGGCAGAGACCUACAGCCGAGUCUGUGCGGAACUACCAACAGUGGCAGAGCCAGCGUAGCCAGCUGCAGGGCGCCAUGCACCAGUUCAGCCAGCGCUUUCUCUACCAGCCGUCUGGAGCACCGGUGGAAAAUGAUCCUUUGGGCCCGCUGCCUCCUGGAUGGGAGAAGCGUCAGGACAAUGGCAGAGUGUACUUUGUCAACCACAACACACGAACGACACAGUGGGAUGAUCCUCGGACCCAAGGGAUGAUCAAGGAGCACCCCCUGCCCCCAGGCUGGGAGAUGAAGUACACCGCCGAGGGAGUCAGAUAUUUUGUGGACCACAACUCGCGCACCACCACCUUUAAAGACCCCCGACCCGGGUUUGAGUCAGGGUCACGGCAGGGCGGUUCACCCGGAGCUUAUGACCGCAGCUUCAGGUGGAAAUACCACCAGUUCCGUUUCCUGUGCCAUUCCAACGCCCUGCCCAGCCAUGUCAAAAUCUCUGUGUCCAGGCAGACGCUGUUUGAAGACUCAUUCCAACAGAUCAUGAAUGUGAAGCCAUACGACCUUCGCCGCAGACUCUACAUCAUCAUGAGAGGAGAGGAGGGGUUGGACUACGGCGGGAUCGCCAGGGAGUGGUUCUUCCUGCUGUCCCACGAGGUGCUGAACCCCAUGUACUGUCUGUUCGAAUACGCCGGCAAAAACAACUACUGCCUGCAGAUCAACCCCGCCUCCUCCAUCAACCCCGACCACCUCACGUACUUCCGCUUCAUCGGACGCUUCAUCGCCAUGGCGCUGUACCACGGGAAGUUCAUCGACACCGGCUUCACGCUGCCGUUCUACAAGAGAAUGCUUGACAAGAAACCCACGCUGAAAGACCUGGAGUCGAUAGACCCUGAGUUUUAUAACUCCAUCAUGUGGGUCAAGGAGAACAACCUGGAGGAGUGUGGCGUGGAGCUGUAUUUUGCACAGGACAUGGAGAUCCUCGGGAAAGUUUCCACCCACCAGCUGAAAGACGACGGAGAGAACGAGCUGGUCACAGAGGAGAACAAAGAGGAGUACAUCAGCCUGCUGACAGACUGGAGGUUUACCCGUGGGGUGGAGGAGCAGACCAAAGCUUUCCUGGAUGGCUUCAAUGAAGUGGUUCCUCUGGAGUGGCUCCGCUACUUUGAUGAAAAAGAGCUGGAGCUGAUGCUGUGUGGGAUGCAGGAGAUCGAUAUGUCCGACUGGCAGAAGAACACCAUCUACAGACAUUACACCAAGAACAGCAAACAGAUCCACUGGUUCUGGCAGGUGGUGAAGGAGAUGGACAACGAGAAGAGAAUCCGUCUGCUGCAGUUUGUGACGGGAACGUGUCGGCUGCCUGUCGGAGGCUUCGCUGAGCUCAUAGGAAGUAACGGUCCCCAAAAGUUCUGCAUAGACAAGGUGGGGAAGGAGACUUGGCUUCCAAGAAGCCACACAUGCUUCAAUCGUCUGGACCUGCCGCCCUACAGAAGCCUGGAGCAGCUCAGAGAGAAGCUCCUGUUUGCCAUCGAGGAGACCGAGGGAUUCGGACAGGAGUGAAACAAAAGGAGGAGAGUCGAUUAAAUGGGAUAGUUUUCUUUA